AUGUUGAGAGAGAAUGAGACCAGAGUUUCUGAAUUUCUCCUCGAGGGGCUCCCUGUUCCAGCAGAACGUCAGGGUUUGUGCUUCAUCCUCUUGCUGCUCAUGUACCUGACCACAGUGUUGGGGAACCUGCUCAUCAUCCUACUCAUCCGGAUUGACAUUCGCCUCCACACCCCCAUGUACUUUUUCCUCAGCAUCUUGGCCUCCAAUGAUGUGACUUUCUCAUCUGUCACUGUCCCCAAAAUGUUGAUGGACAUGAAGACAAAUCACAAAUCUAUCCCCUACGCAGGGUGCAUUUCUCAGGUGUUUUUUUUAAUACUCUUUGGUUGUUUUGAAAAUUUGCUUCUUACAGUAAUGGCGUAUGACAGGUAUGUGGCCAUCUGUCAGCCACUCCAUUACACCACCAUCAUGAGGCAGGAACGAUGCAUUGCUCUGGUAACAACAUCCUGGAUCAUCAGUUUCUUAUACUCUUUGAUGCACACCCUCCUUUUGGCCAGAGUUUCCUUCUGUGCCAACAUUACCAUUCCCCACUUCUUCUGUGAAAUCAUUCCGAUCCUGGAGAUAAGCUGUUCAGACGUUUCACUCAAUCUCCAAGUCAUUUACUUUGUCGGAGGGAUUGCUUUUUAUCUGCCAUUCUUCAGUAUCUUAAGCACUUAUAUCCGCAUAUGGGCCACUGUCCUGAAGAAUCCCUCUGCUAAGAAAUUCUGCAAAGUCCUUUCUACCUGUGGUUCCCAUCUCCUUGUUGUGUCUUUAUUCUAUGGAACCAUUCUUAAAGUUUAUAUUUUAUCCCCCUCCUCUGCCACAAAUAAUAAAGAUAUAAUUGCUUCUGUGAUGCACAUGAUAGUUACCCCCAUGCUGAACCCUUUUAUCUACAGCUUAAGAAAUAGAGAUAUAAAACAAGCCCUAAAUUUGCUCACUAACAGAGUCAAGUUCUGUAGUCAAAAAACUUAA